CCACAUAGUCAUCUUCAUCGUCCAAACACUCUCUGACACUUUUCAACUGCUCAUGUGGUUCCUCUGGAAACCUCUUCUACACAAUCUUCCUAUGUGCCUUCUUAUGUAGUAAAACGCGUGCGACACACACACACUAUGUUAUAAUAUAACAUAUACUUACCUUCCAUGUUUUGGGUCAGGUUUUUCUCAUCGUGCUGAUGCAAGAUAGGGUUUUUACUUUUUAAGCACAACAAUGACCAGGUACAGGAACUACUGUGUUUAGUGCAAGCUUUCAUAAAUUAUUUGCAAUUUUAGUUGAGUAGACGAGCUGAAUUUAAGGAUUUUUGAGGUUUUGUUCAUGUUCAUGAGUUUAUUUGAUUGAUUGAUAGUUGUGAGUGUAGAAAGGUUUGUGAGUCAAUAAUGGAAGGUGUUGAUCAAAGUGGUAUGCAAAGAACUAGUUCUGCAUUUCCUAGACCCCCGAACCGAUUGAAUGUUAUGCAUAUCAAUCAAAUGGGUGUUGCUGAGAACCAGAAAAUUUCUGGUAUACCACCCUCUCACCCCAAUACCAAUAUUUCACCUACAUCUCCUUAUCCCCAAUUUAUAGCCUCACAAUCCCAAUCCCAAUCCCAUUUGGGUUCCCAGCGUUUGCGUUCUCAUAAUUUGAGUCCUGGGUCAUCCCAUUCCAGGUCUCUGUCUCAAUCCUCAUUUUUCUCUCUGGAUUCCUUGCCCCCAUUGAGCCCUUCCCCUUAUCGUGAACCCGUUACGGCAUCUGAUGUGUCUAAGGAGGAAAGCUUGGCUACCUCUCACGCCCCGGUCCCUAACCGAGGUCAUCAGGUUCAGCUUGGUCAUUGUCUUCCACCUCGUAAAGGACACAGGCGCUCUAGCAGUGAUUCCCCCUUAGGAAUCUCUGGUUUUAUUCAGUCUUUCCCUCAGUCGGUUCCUGCUGACAAUGCUCCUUCUAGAGGAGAAAACAAAGGUUUUGAGAAGCCAAUUCAGCUAGUAUUGAAGGAGCCAAUUAAGGAUACGGAUUGUGUUGAUGGCUUCAGUGGAGAACCUGUGGAUGGGAGAAAAGAGGAUGCCCUGGAUGAUUUAUUUAGUGCAUAUAUGAGUUUGGACAACAUUGAUAAUCUGAAUUUUUCUGGUAUGGAAGAUAGCAGAACUAGUGGUUCCAAGACAGUUGAAAGCAGUGACAAUGAAGUUGAGAGUUAUGUAAAUGGAAAAACAACCGGUGCUUGGGGGGCAAGUUCAAGCUGUUCGGAAGAGAGGAGGGAAGGAGUCAAGAGGAGUUCUAAUGGAGACAUUGCACCUGGUGCCCGACACCGGAGAAGUUUCUCAUUGGACAGUUCCUUGGAAAAUUUUCGUGUUGAAGAUGGAUCACCUAAUCUUCCUCCUUUGCAAAAUCGAGCUGGUCAACACUCGCCUGGCGAUUCAGUAGAUGGUAAAACAUCUGAUAUCAGUAUGGAGUUUGGGAAUGGUGAGUUUAGCUCAGAGGAGAUAAAGAAGAUAAUGGAAAAUGAUAAACUUGCUGAAAUUGCCAUUUCUGAUCCCAAGCGUGCAAAAAGGAUUUUGGCUAAUCGUCUAUCAGCUGCCCGCUCAAAGGAGCGGAAGAUGCGGUACAUUUCUGAAUUGGAGCAUAAGGUCCAAACUCUUCAGGCCGAGACAACCACAUUGUCUACUCAGUAUACCAAAUUACAGAUGGAUAAUUCAGAGCUUAAAACUGAGAAUAACGAGUACAAAUUGAGGCUUCAAGCCUUGGAACAACAUUCACAAUUGAAAGAUGCUCUGAAUGAGACCUUGGAUGCUGAAGUGCGGCGCUUACGAUGUGCAGUUGCAGAACUUGGCGGUGAGUCCCUCCUCUCAAGUCGCAUGGCUCAGCAACGUGCUAUUAACCAACAAAUGUUGCAGUUACAGCAUCAUCAACAGCCAAGUCAGCUUAGACAUUUUCAACUGCAAAACAGCCAUUCUCAGGAAGAGACACAGACUCAGUCACAGCAGAUUCAACGCAAUAAUGAAUUGCAAUCUCAGCGCCAGAAUGGCAAAGCUACUGCCUACUGAUCUCAGUAAAUUAUAGAAGCAAUUGAUAUAUAUAUAUAUAUAUAUAUAUAUAUAUAUAUAUAUGGCUGCUUUUGAUUCAAACUUUGGUACAAUAUUUUUUGGAAAUGUAGCUGAUGGCACUGAACCACCGUUAGUUUGCCUAUAUAGGUCGGUUUUUUAGUUUUUAUUUUUCCCUCAAUGUUUCACACAUAUAUACUUGGAGUGUAUUUUCAUAUUAACCUUGUGGUCAUAUCAAUUAUUAUGAAUACAAUCCACCCCCCUUUCCCUAUUG